AUGGACUUGCAUAUUUUGUGUAGUAUUUUUAUUCGUUUACUAGUCAGUAGUAGUUCAAUUGUAGGAACUUCGUCGGAAGCGGAUUUGGUGGCGUUCAUACAGGAGAUCGAAAUGAUGAAAUUUGUUGGCAAGCACGAGAAUGUCAUUCAACUUUAUGCUACAACCUCAAUGAAGGGUCAUCCAGUUAUGGUUAUGGAGUAUGCAGAGGAGGGUAGUUUAAAAAAUUAUCUCCAAAAGUAUCGUCACCAUCUUGCAGAUCAAUCCAGAUUUCCUACUAUGCGACAAUUGGGAAAAUUUGGUCAACAAGUUGCUAAGGGAAUGGUGUAUCUUGCUUCUAAAGGACUUGUUCACCGUGAUUUGGCCGCUAGAAAUGUCGUCAUCACUGAUGAUUUGAUCGCUAAAGUUGCUGAUUUCGGACUAACGCGUAAGGCAGAGUUCUACUAUCGCAUGCAUAGAAACGGUCGCGUUCCUUUGAAGUGGAUGGCUCCGGAAUCUGUGUGUCAGAAACUCUUCACCACUAAAUCAGAUGUGUGGUCUUUUGGUGUACUCCUGUGGGAAUUAUUUAGUCUUGGAGAAACGCCAGCAGCCAAUAUGUCAACUGGGGAAUUUCUGAAGGCUCUGAGUAGUGGCGUCUCGGUGUACACUAAGCCCAAGCUUGCCGAUGAUAAGUUGUACCAAGAUCUUAUGCAACUUUGUUGGAGACGAAAUCCGAAUGACCGGCCUAGUUUUGAGGAGAUUGUAGACAUUCUCUCAAUUCUCUUUCCCAGUCUCUAA